CGACAUGGGGAACCUCCUCAAAGUUUUGACCUGCACAGAUCUCGAACAGGAGCCCAACUUUUUCCUCGAUUUUGAAAAUGCCCAGCCCACAGACGCAGAGAGGGAAGUCUGGGAAGAAGUGGACGUCGUCCUGAAGGACGCCCGCGCCAUCCUGGACGAGCUGCAAGCGUACAAAGGAGCAGGGCAGGAAAUCCGAGAGGCGAUCCAGAAUCCAAACGAUGAGGCGUUACAGGAACAAGCAUGGGCAGCAGUGGUUCCGCUGGUGGGGAAACUAAAGAAGUUCUAUGAGUUCUCACAGAGAUUAGAAGCCGCACUGCACAGUCUCCUGAGGGCCUUGACGGGCGAGACCUACGAGGACCCCACCACCCACCUGGAGCGGGAACAGGCCCUGGCCAAACAGUUCGCCGAAAUCCUGCACUUCACGCUACGCUUCGACGAACUCAAGAUGACGAAUCCCGCUAUUCAGAAUGACUUCAGUUACUACAGGAGGACCCUGAACCGCAUGCGAAUCAAUAAUGUACCGGCUGAGGGAGAGAAUGAAGUCAACAACGAAUUAGCCAAUCGGAUAUCUUUGUUUUACGCCGAUGCCACGCCCAUGCUAAAGACGUUAAGCGACGGCACGACAAAGUUUGUGUCUGAGAACAAGAACUUACCAAUAGAAAAUACAACUGACGUGUUGAGUACUAUGGCGAGUGUGUGUAAAGUCAUGCUUGAAACACCAGAGUACCGAAGCCGUUUCACCAGUGAGGACACAGUUUCCUUCUGUCUGAGGGUUAUGGUGGGACUCAUCAUUCUCUAUGACUACGUCCAUCCUGUUGGAGCCUUCGCCAAGUCCUCCAAAAUAGAUAUGAAGGGCUGCAUUAAGGUUCUCAGAGACCAGCCUCCUAACAGCGUGGAAGGCCUUCUCAACGCUCUCAGGUACACAACAAAACAUUUGAACGAUGAAUCCACCGCGAAGACCAUUAAAUCCAUGUUGCAGUGAGAUCCGACUCUGGGACGAACCGCUGGCCUCAGGCAGUCGUUCAGAGGACCCGUCGCCCCGA